AUGACAUCCUCGACGUCACGGGUAGCGGCCCUUCAGGUAGGCUGCGGCGGCGACCCGAAGAGCCACCUGCUGUGGGGUUGGAACAGUCAUCUCGAUGAGCACGGCGGGUCACAACAAUUCCGAACACGACCCUCAAGCCCCGAGCACGCUAGAGAAAUGCGGCGCAGGAGCAUGCGCAGCGCUGCACGGGAUAACGACUCUCAGCGUGAGGUUCAAACAGUCCGAAUCAAGAAGGAGAGGCCCCUCAAGGCCAAGGGCAACGAGUCGCCGUUCAACGUGCGCCCCGGCCUGUCGCAGCAUGCUCGCGUCGACUCCAAGGCCAUGAGUCAUUCCUCUCCCCUCAAUCCCAACCCAAGCGCGCUUACCCAUCAUCGCUAUCCCCCUGCCACGUCCGAACCACGCCCACGGGCGCGUGCGGGUGGCGAGCGCCAUGAUGGCCAGCCUAGCUCACCAACCAUGUCUACACCCUCACGCCUCUCUCGUCAAGACGGGUUUGUCUAUGAGUUACUUGUCCAACGCGCCUCUCCCUGCGAUAACGCCGUGGCCUCAAGCUCGCGCCUUCCAACCAUAAAUCGAUCGAAUUUUAUCACCGACCGAGAGCUCAUCCACGUGGACGACUCCGAUAAUGACGAGAUCGUCGACAACGACGAGGCCCUUCCGCCGCCGCAACCGCCGCUCGACCAGACGAAGCGUUUCGAAUCGACCGGUUUCCCUCGCACCACAGCCCCCGUUACGCGUGCGCGAAGGUACGCUGCUGACGCGUCCAACUUGGACGCCACGAGUGAUCAACAAGCAAACGGACAUCAAGCAGGACGCUCAUCUUACUCCAAGGAGGAAGAGGAAGAGGAAAUCGAGAUGUUCUCGUCCUAUGACAACCGCCCGGAGCUCCCAUCGCAAAAGGGUAAGGAGAAAGCCCCCACGCCGCCGGAACGGCCGCCUGCUUCACGAACACGGCGGCCCAUGCAAGGCAAGGAUGGCAAAGUAAUCGCCCGAGAUCGACCCAGCAUAUCGCGUCCUCCUUCUCGCGCGUUACAAUUAAUGUCAAGGAGUUUUACAUCGACGCUUCCGACGAAGCACGGCCCCUUUCGCGACUCGCAAUCGAGCGAUCCUCGAACCAACUGA